AUGGAUAAAUCAUUAUUUUCAUCAGUUGUUUUCAAUAAUAAAGUAACCAAUAAAACAAUAUUCUUUUACUUAGCUAGUCAGUGUAGGAAUAAAAGAUGUAAAGAUAAUCAUCAUAAAUGGUAUACUGUUGAAAAACAGAUACUUCUACUGGCAGGAAACAAUUAUUUGGAACAGUUAAGGAGUGUGCCAAGCUAUAUUAUCUCUACAUCCACCAAAGAUCCAGAGGAUCAUGGUAUAUCGAUCAUCAAGAUAAUUAACCGUGCCAUCAAAUCUAAUGCUUCACGAGAUUUGAUUGAUUAUCUUUUGGACGAGCGAUACGUUGUACAAAUACAAGAGAAAAUAUCAUUGCAAAUCAAAAUCCUAAAUAUGGCGACGAAAUACAAUCGACAGGAUAUUGUUGAGUAUCUAACACAAAGACACAGCUCUAGCCAGAGACAUUGGCCAUACUAUGGCGCGAUGUGCUAUUCUCCAAGAUCCGGUGACUUUCAAUUCUUUAAGCAAAUGGUAGACAAGUGCAAUGAAAACAAUGAGAAUCUCGCUGAUUACACUCGAAACAUAAUGGUUAAAGGAGCAUUGAAAUUGAAUGCAUUCGAUAACGCUGCAAAAGUUGGAAGAUUGGACAUGUUCCAGUAUCUCGAGGAGAAUAGACCACAGGAUUUCCAACAUAGUCAAUCGAUACUAAGGAAUGCAAUCAAAGGUGGACAUUAUCCAGAGCAACGUCGAGUUGAAAAGAUUAAACUCGAUUUCAUUGCCAAGUACAAUCAAUUUGAAAUCUACAAGUUGUUUUAUGAUUUCUAUGGAAUGAGAGGUGAUACUUUCAAGUCGAUGGAUCGAGCUGCUUCACACGGAAACCUAGAGUUUGUCGAAUGGUUAGACAAGAAUGCAACCGCUGGAUGUUCAUCAAUUGCAAUGAUCGACGCCGCAAAAAAUGGACACCUCCACGUGAUCCAAUGGCUCCACAAAAAUCGAAGUGAAGGAUGCAAUAAGAAUGCAAUUAUUCACGCUAUCAAUGGUGGUUACAUGGAUGUCGUAGAAUGGCUCUUUGAGAACAGACCUGAAUGUCGUUUGGAUAUGAGAGAUCUAUCGAAACGAUAUGUAAUCAACUACUUUUAUAAUAAUAUUAGGAUGAAUAAAUCAUUAUUCUCAUCAGUUAUUUUCAAUAAUAAAAUCAUUAGUAAAACAAUAUUCUUUUAUAUUACUAAUUGCUGUAAACUUAAAAGAUGUAAAAGCAAUCACCAUAAAUGGUAUAGUGUUGAAAAACUACCACAUCUACUGGCAGGUAACAAUUAUUUAAAACAACUAAAGAGUGUGCCAUGCAAUAUUAUAUCUUAUCCCGGCCAAGAUCCAAAGGAACAUGGUGUAUUGAUCAGCAAGAUAAUAGGCAAUGCCUUCAAAUGUAAAGGUUCACGAGAGUUGAUUGAAUAUCUUUUGGACGAACGAUACGUGAAUCAAAUACAAGAGAAAACAUCAUAUCAUAUGGAUAUCCUAUUAAUGUCAUCGAAAUACAAUCGACAAGAAAUCAUAGAUUAUCUAUCAAGUCGAUAUAACCAAAGUGAUUGGUUAUUUUAUGGCGCGAUGUGCUACGCUCCAAGAUCUGGUGACUUUCAAUUCUUUAAGCAAAUGGUAGACAAGUGCAAUGCCAGGAAAGAGACUCACGGUGAUUAUGGUUAUAGUAUUUUGACAAGAGAAUUGAAGUGUAAAGCAUUCGAUAACGCUGCGAAAGCUGGAAGAUUGGACAUGUUCCAGUAUCUCGAGGAGAAUAGACCACAGGAUUUGCGAUACAAUCGGUCAAUACUAAAGAAUGCAAUCAAAGGUGGACAUGUAAAUAUUAUCCAGAUUAUGUCCAAGUAUCCAGAGCAACGUCGAGUUGAAAAGAUCAAACUUGAUUUCAUUGCCAAGUACAAUCAAUUUGAAAUCUACAAGUUGUUUUAUGAUUUCUAUGGAAUGAGAGGUGAUACUUUCAAGUCAAUGGAUCGAGCUGCUUCACACGGAAACCUAGAGUUUGUCGAAUGGUUAGACAAGAAUACAAAAUCUGGAUGUUCAGAAAUAGCAAUGAUCGAUGCCGCAAAGAAUGGACACCUCCACGUGAUCCAAUGGCUCCACAAAAAUCGAAGUGAAGGAUGCAAUAAGAAUGCAAUUAUUCACGCUAUCAAUGGUGGUUAUAUGAAUGUCGUCGAAUGGCUGUUUGAGAAUCGACCUGAAUGUCGUUUGGAAAUGAAUGAUCUAGCCAAACGGUAUUUGAUCAACUACUUUUAUAAACAAGACAUCAUACAAUGGCUAGCUGAUAAAACACAACAACCAAAUGUAAUUUUAGACUCAAGAUAUUAA